AUGCAAACAAUGGAGAUCUCGUGCUAGUCAAGGAUAAAACCCCCUGGUCAAAUCUGUCUGGGCCUGCCGGGCUCUACGGCUAUAAUCGGCAGUCUGGCUACACCUGGUAGUCCGGCUCAACCUGGCUCUAUAGCCCAGGGCCUGCUUUGGAUCGCCCUGGUAGCACGUUACCACCCUAAUCUGUGCGUUGACAAGUGAAAAAUAUACUGCCACUUGCAACCCCAAAGGUUAAGACUGCAACAAUUAGCGAUCCAAAGCAGGCUCUGAGCUAUAUAUGAUAUUAAAAAUAAACUCUAUCCUAUUCUCUUAUUUUCCCUGCAAAUUCUACAUUUUCUAUCUUCAGUUAUAUGAGUGAUUUUGCAAUAUUUAAACUAAUAAGCAUAUAUUAGCAAAGUUAAAGCAAUUUAUAAUAUAAAAAAAUAUUUUAUCAAUAUAAAUAAACUAUAUUAAAAAUAUUGAAAUUGAUAUUAUCUUUUAGAAGCAUGCUUAGAAAAUAAGUUAUUCAAAUUAAUUGAGUAUUUUAAUUAGUAGAAUCAAAGUUAUUUAGAGAUUUUUGAAUAUUUAUAUUGAAUCAACAAAUAUGUAUUGCUAAAUUUUAAAGAAUUAAUGAAAUUUUCAUUCAAAGUACGAAAUAAACCUCUUCUUUUAUAUGGCUAAACUUUUUUCUAAAGCUUUAUAUCUUUAUUUCUUAUAAUUUAAAAUUUAUUUAAUUAGGUGCAUCAUUUUAAACAUUUUAAAAUGUAUUUGAUGAUAAAUAACUUUAUUUUAUCAAUGAUUGCAAGUAUAUAGCUUUUGGAUAAAUCAUAAUAAUUUAUUAUGAUCUUGUUUACGAUUAACAUAAUAAUACGAUUUAUUUUGAAUAUUAAAUCUUUUUCAGAAUUUAUCAGCAGUUUAUUUCUCUAUAAAUCACUGAAUUACGUUAUAGAUAGUUAUAUAUAUUGCUGUUUAAAUAUAUUAUUUUUAUUAUAAAAUAUAGUAUAGCCAUAUAAAAAUUCUGUUUAUAAUAAGAAUAUGAAAUAAAGUAUUAAAUAUAUUUUCUAAUAUCUCUUAUUAUUAAGACUAUGUAGUUUGGAAUUGAGGGGGCGGAUUUGAGUUUCAUGCUUGAUCAUCUCGUAUCCUAAAGUUCGAGAAAUCUACGAGUCCUUGAGCUCUGAGACGAUGAGGUUAGAAGAAGAAAUAAAUGUAAACGAUUUAAAGGUGAUUAGUAAAAAUUCAAAUAAGUUUGGAACUGAUAUUGCUGUUUGCAAGCAAAGUGUUAUUUCAUCGAUAAUUCCAUUGUGUAUAUAUUGGAUAUUUUUAUGACAUUCAAAACCGGAGUCAUUGAGACAAAUCAAUGAGUUAAAUAAACUUCAUAUCAGGACUUUUCUGGAUGAUUGCUGAUGAAAUCAAUAUGAAAAUUUGAUAAUCAUGAAAGCUCAUAUAUUGAGCACCAUAUAA